AUGUCCGCCGCCAAGCAGGAGGACCGCAAGGGUUCGGGCGAUUGGCGGGAGUUCUUCUGGAACCCGCGCACGCACGAGCUGCUGGGUCGAACCGCGGCCAGUUGGGGUCUGAUUCUGCUUUUCUACCUGGUCUUCUACCUGUUCUUGGCUGGGAUGUUCACGCUUACCAUGUACAUCAUGCUGCUGACGCUGGACGACUACAAACCCACAUGGCAGGACCGCCUAGCCACCCCAGGGAUGAUGAUUCGUCCGAAGGGCAAUCAACUGGAGCUCACCUACUCCCUGUCUGAGACGAAAAGCUGGGAAGGCUUCGUGCAGAAUCUUGACUCGUUUUUGACCCCGUACGACGACACCCAGCAGGUUCAAAUGAAUGACAACUGCCCCCCAGACCAGUACUUCAUCCAGGAGGACAGUGGAGAGGUGAGGAAUAAUCCCAAGCGCUCCUGUCAGUUCAAUAGGUCAAUGUUGGAGGAAUGCUCAGGGUUUCCCGAUCGUUUCUAUGGUUACAGCCAAGGGCAACCCUGUGUGCUGAUCAAACUCAACCGGGUGAUCGGGAUGUAUCCGGGAAAGGAUGGACAGUCUCCUUUUGUCACCUGUGCAUCCAAAAGGGAGGACAGUGAUAAGAUGGGACCUCUGGCUUAUUAUCCUCCAAAUGGAACCUUCAACCUUAUGUAUUACCCUUAUUAUGGCAAGAAAGCUCAGGUGAACUACACUCAGCCACUGGUGGCCGUCAAGUUCCUGAACGCCUCCCUCAACACCGACAUCGAUGUCGAGUGUAAAAUCACCUCCAACACGCUCACCCCCGGCAGCGAGCGGGACAAAUUUGCCGGCCGCGUGUCUUUCAAGCUACGAAUCGACAACAAGUAGACCCACAGCAUAGACGCGCAAGGCCGCAAACGUCACCGCACUGCAAUCAUGACUCUGACCACUCCCAAUUUUUCCCCACUCCACACGCAAACUCGAUGACCAAUCACACCCCCCACGCAGUUUGACGUCAGCCCACCAGAAUCUCAGUCUACCAUACCUAACCUCAAUCAAGCUAUUUAUUUAUUUAUUUAUUUAUUUAAUUAUUAUUUUUAUUUAUUUGUUUGUUUGUUUGUUUUUGUUUGUUUUCAUACACUCAUUGUCACCAUAUCGCUGAACCUUGGCUGACAUUUCUGUCAUUGAGUUCAGUGUUUCUCAAACUGGGGUCAGCACACCUCAGUGCACAAGCCGUAGCUUGAGACUUCGCAAAAUAAUUUGCAAUAAGGUCAUAUUUCAUAUCAUUUUUUGAAUAAGUGCAUACCUACUGCAUAUGAGGACAGGUGCGUCAAUAAUGCAAACCUAAGCCAAUCACGCUUCCCUACCCUUGCUUUGGGCCAAUAAAGAGCUCUGAUUAGGUUAUUUAUUAUCAAGUAAAUUUGACAUAAAGGCAUAAAGUCGUGGUUUUUUUUUCCCAUCUCAAACAAAAGACGAUAAAGUCGCACUGUACUCCCUUCUCUUGUUAAAUUUUGACUUUCAUAUUAUUUCUUGGAAAAAUAGAACUAUUCACAAAGGAUUAAGACUGUUUGUAAUAAGUGCUACUUUUGCUGAAAAAUUACGACCUUAGUCUUAUAAGGUUGUGUCGUUUUUUUUUUUAAUAUGAAUUGGUUACUGCAAAGUCACAAAUGCAGGUCUACUGUUGGGUUUGUUGGCAGUCACGUUGUUUUUAAUUUUAAUUAAGAAUUACAUUCAGUUUCUGCCUUGACAUUUUGACAUUUUUUGUGUACUUUCCUCACAAGCCUUCUCUUCCAAUCAUCUUAGCUCAUGUGCAGCCAAUCAAGAUGUUGUAUGAUGUCAUGUGACUUGGGUUGUCCUGUCUGAACAUAACCACGUGAUUAAAGACGCAGCGAUUUUGUUCCUC